GAGGAAGCUGCAGCUGGCAGCCUCGGCGCAACCACCCUUGUGUUGCUCCUGUGGGACCAUGGAGACCGACAGUGUCUUCCUGCAGCCUGCUGGGAGCGGGGCUGGGAGAGCCCCUGAGGGUGAUGGUGGGAAGGGGAGUGUGGAUGGUGAUGCCAUGAGCGGGAACCCCUACGCUGGGCUGGUGAGCCACCUGCGGGCAUCCUGGCUCUCCAGGAAGACACGGCCCAUGGAAUACCGCGUGGCCCAGCUGGAAGCCUUGGGACGCUUCCUGGAUGAGAAGAAGCAGGCGGUCCUGGAGGCCACCGCUGCGGACAUGGGCAAGCCGCCCUUUGAGGUUGAAUUAUCCGAGACACUCCUGUGCAAGAAUGAGCUCCACGAGACCCUGAACAACCUGUCCCACUGGAUGAAGGACGAGCACGUGGACAGGCCUCUGGCGACCCGGUUGGAUUCGGCCUUCAUCCGCAAGGAGCCGUACGGGGUGGUGCUCAUCAUAGCGCCCUGGAACUACCCCAUCUACCUCAUCCUGGGGCCCCUCAUUGGGGCCAUCGCUGCUGGGAACUGUGUCAUCAUCAAACCCUCAGAAAUAUCCAAGAACACCGAGAGACUCGUGGCAGAAGCGCUGCCCUGCUACCUGGACAAGGACUGCUUUGCUGUGGUGACUGGGGGUGUGCAGGAGACCACAAGGCUGCUGGAGAACAAGUUCGACUACAUCUUCUACACAGGCAGCCCCCGGGUGGGGCGGAUCGUGAUGACGGCCGCUGCCAAGCACCUGACGCCAGUGACGCUGGAGCUGGGGGGCAAGAACCCCUGCUACGUGUCCGACACCUGCGACAUACCCAACGUGGCUCGGCGCGUGGUCUGGGGCCGCUUCUUCAACGCGGGGCAGACCUGCAUCGCGCCUGACUACCUGCUCUGCAGCCUGGAGAUGCAGGGGAAGCUGCUGCCCGCCCUGCGCGAGGCCAUCGUGGAGUUUUUUGGCCCCAACCCCCAGGAAUCCCCGGAUUUUGGGCGCAUUGUGGGGGACAAGCAGUUCCAGCGGGUGCGGAAGCUGCUGUGCAGCGGGCGCGUGGCCAUCGGGGGACAGACGGACGAGGCCGAGCGCUACAUCGCUCCCACGAUCCUGGUGGACGUGCAGCCCUCGGACCCUGUCAUGCACGGCGGCUUCUGCGGCAACGACACCCUGAUGCACGUGACACUGACCUCGCUGCCCUUCGGAGGGAUUGGGAACAGCGGCCUGGGAAUGUACCACGGGAAGUUCACCUUCGACACCUUCUCCCACUGCCGUGGCUGCCUGAAGCGUGGGAUGGGCCGGGAGCCCCUCAAUGCCCCACGCUACCCCCCCUAUAGCCAGAAGAAAUUUGGGAUCGUCCAGGCCACUUCCAAGGUGAAACGUAAGGAUGACUGUACCCUGCUCUGAGGGUCCCUGUGUCCCGUUCCAAGGAUCCUUCCCAACUCUGGCCGUGGUG